CUUUUUUAUGUGAGAGCACAGCCCAGGCAAGAACAGCAGAAGCCACCUCGUCCCCCAGUGAAACUCUACACUUUCCCCGUUGGCAGUUCCCUCCCACUCUGUCCACCCAUCCACAAGGUUGCUGAAGCUCACCUCACCUCACUUUUUAAAAAACACUGAACACUGGAUUGUCACCCUGGAUUAUACAGCGAUCACAUCCUGAUUUUGGGUGCCUGCAGGGGAGACAUUUUGGAUUAUUGUCAGCUGAUAAUGAUGCUGUCCCACUGCUGAUUCAGAGUGUGAGUGCUGGAGGCACGGAGAGAAAUACACCUCCAGUAACAAGAAGUGAGUGACAGGCCAGAGGCUGGACAGCUUCAUGGUGGUAAUAAGCUAAACAAAACAGACCCAAGCCAAGGCCGAGAUGGAAUUACGAUUGGGACUUAGGAUCACCCUGGUCUUGGCCAUCCUGGCCUUUACACUUUCCGGGGAGGGAGUGGAAGCACAGAGGGCAGGGUGUAAAAAUGUCCACUAUGACUUGGCAUUUAUCCUGGAUACCUCAUCCAGUGUGGGAAAAGAGAACUUUGAGAAGAUUAGGCAAUGGGUGGCCAACCUGGUAGAGUCUUUUGACGUGGCGUUUGACAAGACAAGAGUAGCUGUGGUUCGCUACAGUGACAAACCAACCACUGAGUUCAACCUGGGACGACACAGGACCCUAGAGGAUGUGAAGCAAGCUGCCCGUAACAUACGCUACCUGGGUGGAAAUACAAUGACUGGGGAUGCUAUUAGCUAUACCACCAACAACAUCUUCACAGAGCGGAACGGAGCGAGGCCGAGUGCCAGAGGCAUUCAGAAGGUGGCCAUCCUUCUCACAGAUGGAAGAAGCCAGGAUUAUGUUCUGGAGCCCUCUAAGGCAGCUGCCAAAGCUGGCAUCAGGAUGUUUGCAGUGGGCAUCGGGGAGGCUCUGAAGGAGGAGCUGGAGGAGAUCGCUGCAGAGCCAAAGAAUGCCCAUGUCUUCCAUGUGACAGACUUUAACGCCAUUGACAAGAUCAGGGGGAGACUGAGAAGGAGGCUAUGUGAGAAUGUUCUGUGUCCAAAGAUGAAGGUUCAACCUGAUCGAUUUAAGCCCAACAGCACCAGUUAUGGUCUUGAAGAGGUUCCAGGGUUCGACCUGAUGGAAUUCUUCAAUGUGAGAGAUAUUCUGGGAACCAGAGUUGAUGAAGGCCAAAGUUCGUACGUUCGUCUUGGCACAAUGCCUAUUGUACAGCAAACAGAAGAUGUGUUUCCUCAAGGGCUGCCAGAUGAAUAUGCCUUCGUGACCACGUUCAAAUUUAGGAAAACCUCCAGACGUGAGGAUUGGUACCUUUGGCAGAUUUUUGACAAAUAUGGAAUCCCACAGGUGUCCAUCCGUCUGGACGGUGAGAACAAGGCAGUGGAGUAUAACGCUGUUGGGCUGACAAAAGACGCUGUCAGAGCUGUGUUCAAGAACCCUGAAGUUGACAACCUGUUUGAUCGCAACUGGCACAAGAUUGCCCUCAGCGUGGAUGCCAAGUCAGUGUCUCUGUACCUGGACUGCAAGCUCAUCCAGACACUGCCCAUUGAAGACAGGGAGGACAUCGAUAUCCAGGGGAAAACUGUGAUUGGGAAGAGGCUUUAUGACAGUGUGCCAAUUGAUUUUGACCUCCAGAGGAUGAUGAUUUACUGUGAUUCCAAGCAUGCAGAGCUGGAAACCUGCUGUGAUCUACCCAAUGGGCCUUGCCCUAAGGUAGUUGUGACAGACGCUCCCCCUGUGGAGAUCCUCACUCCAACGCCUACUGCUGUGGAGCAACAAAGAGGCCCUCAAGUGAACUGCUCUUGCCCUGCAGGAGAUAAGGGAGACAUUGGUGAACCUGGUGUUGCAGGUCCUAAGGGUGAAAAGGGUGACACUGGCCCUAAGGGUGCCAUCGGACCUCCUGGCCUCCGAGGAGAAAAAGGAGAAACUGGCAAAGUAAUCUCUGUCAAAGGGGACAGAGGUGAGAAGGGUGAUAGUGGCAGCAUAGGGUUGACAGGUGCUCCUGGACAAAAAGGAGAGAAGGGACUUGGUGGUGUGCCAGGUAUUGAUGGCUUACCCGGUGACCAAGGGGAAAAAGGUGAAGCUGGAUUUCCAGGCCAACCAGGGGUACCAGGUCUAGCUGGACAAAAGGGAAUCCAAGGGGAUUCAGGACUUCCAGGUUUACCUGGGCCUAAGGGUGUCACUGGUGAUUCUGGCAUAAAAGGGGAAAAAGGAACAACAGGCACCAGGGGCACGGAUGGUCAGGAUGGAUUACCUGGAAAACCUGGUUUUCCUGGAAAAGACGGUUUGAGAGGACUGGCCGGAAUACCUGGGCCCAGUGGAGUUAAGGGCGAGAGGGGGGAGAGAGGACUUCCCGGAUUACCUGGGGAUGUGGUACACAGAGAAGGCUUACGGGGUGAAAAGGGAGAUGCCGGACCACCAGGGCCUCCAGGGGCUGAAGGCCCCCCAGGGCCUCCUGGUCCUCCUGGAGUACAAGGUCUGCCUGGUGAACCUGGAGAGUUUGGCCAGAGGGGAAAGAAAGGUGAAAGUGGACUCCCUGGAGUAGAUGGCCUCCCCGGACCUCCUGGUCCUCAGGGUCCAGCUGGGCCACCAGGAAGCCAAGGACACACUGGACCUCCAGGUCUGCCUGGGGAAAUUGGAUUUUCGGGCAAACCCGGAGAGCCUGGCAAGCCCGGUCUUCCUGGUAAAGAUGGCCUGGAUGGUCUUCCUGGAAAUGACGGUGCUAUGGGGCCGAGGGGAGAACGUGGCACGGAUGGUUUUCCUGGCAAACCUGGACCUAAGGGGGACGAGGGGCCUCCGGGACCAAGAGGACCUCCAGGGGAGAGAGGAGAAGGUGGUGCCCCUGGCCAGCCGGGCUCUGAUGGAGCUAGAGGAGACAGGGGUAUUCCGGGAGAGAGAGGACCGGAGGGACAAUUUGGGCCAAAGGGUGAAAAAGGCGACAAGGGUGAAGUGGGAGCUAGGGGACCGCCUGGUGCUCCAGGAAAUGUUGCAAAUGUCAUCCCUGAGCCUGGUGAACCUGGGACGCCUGGAGAGAAGGGAGAAAAGGGGGAUCAAGGAAAACCAGGAGAAAUGGGGCCCAGAGGAUUACCUGGCGAACAGGGCUUUAAGGGACCCCCGGGGCCUGUAGGCCCAAAGGGUGACACUGGACCUACAGGAGAGACAGGACGUGUUGGAGAUCCUGGUCCACCUGGAGCUGCUGGCCCUCAGGGUCCUAGAGGAUUACCAGGAAAUGUGGGCAUACCAGGAAUCAUUGGGCCUCCCGGUCCGGCUGGACAGAGAGGAGAUAAGGGUGAAUCAGGUAAACCAGGACAAGCAGGACCCCCGGGUCCACCCGGAGAGCCCGGUUUGACAGGACCUGCCGGACCAGCUGGGAAGGGGAAAGAUGGCCAAAAUGGAGAACCAGGACCACAGGGAAUUCAAGGACCCCCAGGCCUCAAGGGCCAACCGGGGUCUCGAGGAGAGCCAGGGUUACCAGGGGACAGAGGUCCUGCUGGAGAAGGCAAAAUGGGUCCGCCGGGGCUUCCAGGAAAGAACGGGGAACCUGGACCUGCGGGUUUGAGGGGUCCACCGGGAGUCGCUGGUCCUCAAGGCCCAGCAGGACACAAUGGUCUUCCAGGAAGGCCAGGAGAGAAGGGGUCACCGGGAGAGCCUGGAAAGGCAGCAGACCUUUCUGACCUAAACCUGAAGGACGUUUGCUCAGACUGCCCUGCCGGUCCACCCGGGCCGCCUGGACUUCCGGGCCUCCCAGGAGACAAAGGACACCAGGGACCUCCUGGGAAAAAUGGACAAGAUGGAUACCAAGGCCCCCCAGGACCAGCCGGACCUCAAGGGCCCCCUGGAGCUGACGGGGGAAAGGGUAUUAAAGGUGAUCGAGGGCCUCCCGGAGGCCCUGGAGACAAAGGAGACAAGGGUCACCCAGGCCCCCCUGGUCAUCCAGGUUCUCCUGGAAUAAUGGGUACACCUGGUAACGAUGGACAGCCUGGCCCUGUGGGUCCCCCGGGGGCCCCUGGAGAAAAGGGCAAAGAGGGUCUCAAAGGGAUUCAGGGACCACCAGGUCUUCCUGGACUGAUAGGCCAACCUGGAAAAAUGGGAAAAGACGGCAGACCAGGAGAAACAGGAGAACCCGGCAAGCAAGGUGAACCUGGACCUCCAGGAAACCCUGGACUCAGGGGACUCCCUGGUUUUAAGGGCCACAGAGGAGAACCUGGGGCUCCGGGAUCUAAGGGAGAAGAUGGAAAACCGGGAUCAGCUGGACGUGACGGCAAACCUGGGAAAGAGGGCUCCAUGGGACCCCCGGGCGCAGAAGGACUUAUCGGACCAAGAGGAGAGUCGGGCAAGCCAGGGGAACCAGGACCAUCAGGAAAACCAGGUCUCCCUGGAACACCAGGUCAAAGGGGAGACAAGGGAGAGCCUGGCAACCCAGGAUUACCAGGCUUUAGUGGGCCCAAAGGCCCCGCGGGUCCACCUGGUCCAAUCGGCCCAGAAGGAAAACAGGGAACGCCAGGCAGAGCUGGAGACCGUGGCAACAAGGGAGAUAGGGGAGAUCCAGGUAUGAAGGGAGAUAAAGGACAGUCAGGAGAUCCAGGUAUGCCUGGAAACACUGGCCCACCGGGAAGAAAGGGCCACACAGGGAUGAUGGGCAUGUCAGGACCACCAGGAGAAAUAGGAGCUCCAGGGCCGCAAGGUCCGUCAGGAAACCCUGGUCUUCCAGGCCCCAGAGGAGAGUCAGUGUCACUGGAACAAAUGAGACGGCUCAUCCAGGACGAGCUGGCAAAACAAUUAGAUGCCAAACUGGCUUACCUCAUGGCUCAGAUGCAACCAGCUCACGUGAAGAGCACAGCAGGCCGCCCAGGACCUCCAGGUCCUCCAGGUAAGGACGGCACUGCUGGGAGACCUGGACCCCCUGGAGAGCCCGGUAUGCCUGGACAAAGUGGAGGAGAGGGACCCAGGGGACCCAUGGGCCCUAAGGGUGAGAAAGGAACAAGGGGAGAAAAGGGAGAAGCUGGUGUUGGUGACAGAGGAGAGCAAGGUCCUCCUGGCCCCAUAGGCCCGGCAGGUAUGCCUGGCUACGGCAAAGACGGAAGCCCCGGACGAGCCGGCGCCCAGGGAGAGCCAGGAAACCCCGGCCCCCACGGCCAGCCCGGACCUCCAGGUCCCCCUGGCCAGUGCGACCCCUCCCAGUGUGCCUACUACGCCAGCCUGGCACAAAGACCCCACACCAAAAAUGUGAAGGGGACUUAAAGAAGAAGAGACGCACAGAGCUGGAUGUCCGGCUGUAUUUAUGAACUUGGUCAUGUCAGUCUGAAUCAAGAACUUUUUCUUUUUUAAGGUAACUUCAGUACGGAGGGCUGAAGCAACAGGUGCUGUCGGUCAGAUUCUUUGUUUUGUUUUUGGUACCAAGCUUUGAAUGGAUGGGGAUUACGCAACAUGGGACUUUUUCCAGAUCUAAUAUGGGGUACAGAGGGCAGCUAAACUGUUUUUUUUUCUUCACUUGCAUGCUUCCUGUAAACUAUAUAGGGAGAUAACAGGGAUGGCUCUCCCACCUACCCCCAUCAGAAGUGAAGACUGAAGUGAAGUCUGAGUUUGCAUUGUCUCAUCAGUUACUUGUGUCAGAAGUUCGGCCCAGCUUUUCACUGCUCGCAUCGCUCCACUUUGCAUCAGUUGCCCUUCACAGCCCACACUGUACUACGUCACUUACUGCUCACUAAAUCAAUCUCCAGCUAGGGUUCCUCUACCAGUCUGACGGUAAUUAAUCAGUCAAGGGAAUUAUCAGUUAUAGUGUCACUGAUGGGAAAAUGGGGGGUGGACAGUGUGAGGCGAACACCAGCGGUGAUUUUGUGUAGGAGGAUCAUUAAUGAGUCAGUGUGUGAGAGUGAUGGAUGGUCACAUUUUUCUUGCCUCCAAGCCGCUAUCGCUGUUAUCAUGUCACUUUGUUUUGGGUAUUACUGGCAUCCUAGAGCAGGCAAAAAUAAUAUUACUUUUAGAGAAUUCUGCCAUUAAACUUGCAUGGCUUGAUUUAUUGAUGUGAACAUGUCACACUCAAGGCUGGAGCAAAGGCGAUUGUGCGUCCUCCCAAUGUUGCUUUAAGAUGUGGAGGAUUUAUUCCAUAAUUGUUGUUUGCUUUUUUUGCUAAAAUCUAGAAUCAGAAUCCCUGCUUUUGUUUGUAAUACGUGCCUUGUAAUGGUAUGUUCCAUACACACCGAGGGGUUUCUCCUUAGAGGACAGGAGACGAGGCGGGUAGAAAUGUCGCUGUUAGAUUUGUACUUUGGUGUUUAAUGAAGUGGCUCAGGUCAUCCUAUCUGUGAGCUGUGCAUGAACCUGAGCAGCAAACGGCUUUGAGGAGGUGGUGUAAUUGCAGCCUUUGUUCACCUUUCUUUGAAAGUCGCUUGUUUCACACUGCCUUCUCUAAAUGUGUCACUUCCUCCCUGCUCCGUGAGGCUUAUUAAGUGGCUGUGUUGUGGCAGGGCCCGGGCAGUUCAGCCCUGCUCUGAAUCACAUUGCUUGCCUUAUUUGUCCCCUGGAACCUAAAAUUGGAGAGCUGCUUUCCUGCAUCUUGAUGAACAGACCAUUGUGGCAGCCAUUUGAAAGAUGUUUUGUUCCAUGUCCCUCGUGGACCAAUUAGACUUCUUCCCAGUCACAGAAGCUCUGCUCACCUAAAACCUAUUAAGAGGCUUCCACAAAAGGCAUCACGCUGGUUUUCCUUUCAAACACAACAAUACCCGCAAGUGCAAAAAGAAUAGUGCAAAAAUGUAGAAGACGCAGUAGAGAUCUCGAAAAUGUACAGCGUGACCUGCUGUGAUGGUCAGUCAUACUUCAGCUCUUGGUGAUAUCUUUCUCAGGUUAGCUAACAGAAGACCAUACAUGAAGAAUGUAUAGGUAUGGCUUGGUGAGUGAAAAGAAACCAUCAGUAAAAUGAUCUGUUUCAUCUCACAAAUGAACAGUUAGAUGAAAUGAAAAGGUCUCACAACCAAUGCAACACAUCCUUUCUAAAUUUAAUGCACUCAGAGGGUAUUUCCAGUCUCCAUUUCUGAACUAUUUCUUUGUUUUUUUAACCUAAAUUGGAGCGGUCCUGUGAUGAAAAACAAUGGAAAGGCCUUCGUCUCGCAAGCUCAAGUAACUUCACUAAACUGAGGUUGAUAUUUGCAGUAAGAUGGUAAAUGAUGGAGUUGAUCCAUUUUUAAAAUGAAUGGCAAGUAUGGCCAGUUUAAGCGUUGUUUGUCAUCUAGGCCAACUAGCUUAGAUGGGUAAAACAUAAUGUUACCUAAUCUUUAGUAUUCCUUGCACGUGUCAACUUCCCUUUUCUAAUGUUACAUUGUUUAUCCAGAGAAACAGCAGUUGUUUCCUCUGAGAUUUAACUCAACCUGUAAAAAAACAAAUAAUAUUAUAUGUGUUGCCUUCAGAGCAGCCCUUAGCAAAAGAUCUGUGGUACAUGAUAGAGAGCAACUUCAGAUCUGGGAAAAUUCAAAUCUACAUUAUGUUCACAAUCAAAUUUGACGCUAAAUGAGUUUGCCUGUUUCUCUCUUUGAAACAUCUGCCAGUUGCUUUUCUGUCCGCAGUUUACCUUUGAACAGUCAGCAUUGUUGUUUUGUGGUUUUGUACAUGCCUGUUACAGUUACGCUAAUAGAUUUUGUGUUACAGAUUUUGUGGGAUGGUGAGUUACUGCAUAUAGCUUUAAAAUUGUAUUUCACAACGGCCAUACGUUCUUUUAAAUUAUGCUGAUAAAUUAUUCAUGAUCUGAACCAAUGCAAACGUGUUUUAAUGCAUUAAGUAAACUUUAUUAACCCAUCUCCCAUUAUUUUCCUGAUGAAUUGGUGCUGAAGUAUUUUAAAAUGGUAGCAUAUUGUAAUUAUUGGAAAGACACCUGUACUGUACUGUAUAAUAAAGAGUGGAACAGAUUCAUUUUAUAA